AGUGUUGCAAGAAACGUGGACGAGGAUGGACGGUCGGUGGGCGCUCUCUUUCCUGGUCCUGACGGCGGCGUUGGUGAAGGCACAGGAAGUCCCUGGCUUCCGGUUCGCCCACGAGGUACAACAGCCCAGCGUCGGAAACUACUUCGGUCACUCUUCUCGAGGCAAAGCAGGUCGUACCGAGGGUCGUUACUACGUGUUCCUGCCUGAUGGACGACUCAUGACCGUGUCGUACUACGCGGACGACACAGGCUACCAUCCUACCAUAUCCUACAGCAACGUGGACGACACCAACGACCUGCCAGCGAAGGAUAUCUUGAAGAGGAGAGGUGGUACGACUCCUGCCAGUUCAAGUACGACCUCUGGAGCCUCUGAGACGACUCCUAUUCCUUCCUUGGAUGCUACAAAGGACGCCAACCAAGAUAUCCAACAGAGGGAAGAAAGUACGACCCUUAAUAACCCUGGGAAGACCUCUGGAAGCUCUAGUACGACCAUUGAGAGGUCUGGUGCGAUUCCUACGACCUCCCGUGGUGGUACAAAGAACUCCAAUCAAGAUAUUUUACAUGGAAGAGGAAGUACGACCUUUAGGAACCCCAGUACGACCUCUAGAACAUCUGGGACGACCCCUACGACAUCUUUGAGUGCUCUGAAGGACUUAAACCAAGAAAUUCUAAAGGAAAAAGGAAGUACGACCAUUAGAAACGCCGGUACGACCUCUAGAAUAUCUGGGACGACCCCUACGACUUCUUUGAAUGCUCUGAAGAACUCAAACCAAGAAAUCGUACAGGGAAGAGGAAGUACAAGCUUUAGAAACGCUGGUACGACCUCUAGAAUCUCUGGUACGACUCCUACGACCACUGUGAAGGAGUCUAGGGCAGAAAUCCUUAGGAGAAACGAGGCAAGGCGACGUAGCAUCCUUCAGAAGAGUCCUAGACAGUCCUCAACCAAUGGAAACACAGCGAAGGACUUCAAGAGGCAUGGCGACACACAAACAGGGGUGGACGCUGGCCUUAGGAACCCCUUGAACAGUCCUACGGUAUCCUUGACCAGCCAGAGGACUCCUGAGGCUCCCCCGCAGGAUACACUGGCUAGGAAAGGUCACCUACUAGCAAGGAAUCCUGGGAACAGUGAUAGGAUAAUUAAGGAUACUAGUAAUGGUUUAAAAGGAGAGACGCAUCCUACCUCCAAGACGCCUCAAGAUGAACUGAGCUCGGCCACUGUGGAAGCCCCCUCGCUAUUGGCUAAGGAGCUGGCCAAUGGGAGACAAGCACAGAGCCUCCCAGCCAAUAGGGUGACGAGAACGCUGCGCCCUGAGGUGUAUAUAAGUGGCGACUCUGGCAAUGCGCUCCAGUCACCUCAUGGAAGGCAAACGAAGAGCACGUUACCUUUAAGCCAAUCACGACCCGGCCCUUCUCGCCUCUCCCUUCUCAGAGCAUCACAGGGCCGCUAAUCACGACU